AUGAACGAAGAAAGAGUUCAGAUAAUCGGGAACGACAUGAUCAUAGAUUCCUCUCUUUGGCAUGCCUGUGCCGGAAGACUAGUUCAUGUUCCUCCGGUCAACUCUACUGUAUCUUACUUCCCUCAAGGUCACUUCGAACACGCCGGAAUGGAAAACGCCGAUGACGCCAUAGCCACGGCGAGUAGAAUUCCAUGGAGGAUUCAAUGCCGAGUCACGUCCGUGGAGUUAAAGAUGGAUUCAAGAACUGAAGAGGUUUACACCAAGAUUCAUCUCAACCCAAUAGUGAUUAAUAAUAAUAAUUCUACUGAUGAUGAUAAAGACUACGCUUUGAGCGAGAGUUUGAAUUUAUUUGGGAGAUCCCAAUUUCUUACCAAAGUCCUUACUCAAUCGGACGCGAACAAUGGCGGGGGUUUCUCUGUACCGAAAAAACUAGCGGAGACAAUAUUCCCACCAUUAAAUUACAAAAUUACUAAACCUGGUAUUGAAAAUCUUCCGUCUCAGGAUAUUCUGGCGAGGGAUUACAGAGGCAAUAUUUGGAAAUUCAGGCAUGUUUAUAGGGGGAAUCCUCUGCGGCACUUGUUGACAACUGGAUGGAGUAAAUUUGUUACAGCCAAGCAAGUGGUUUCUGGAGACACGAUCGUGUUCGGGAGGGAUGACAAUGGAGAUGUCUAUGUUGGAAUAAGGCGUGUUAGGAGGGCAAGGUGGCAAGGAAGAAUUAGGGCUGAAAGUGUUCUAGAAGCUGCAAGACUUGCUGCCAUUGGGAGAGGUUUUGAAGUUAGGUAUUACCCGAGUAGUAGCACAACAGAGUUUUGUGUUGUGGAUUCGGUGGUUAAUACAACGAAGAGGAAGAUGAUGAAUGAGUUUGGGGCUGGGACAAGGAUCAAGAUGGCUUUCGAGACUUUAAAUUCGACUGGAGUGGAACCAGUGGGCUGGUACAAGGGUUCUAUUGAGUCUGUUGAAGAUGUUGACCCGAAUCACUGGCCUGGUUCUUUAUGGCGCCGUCUUAAGGUGAGGUGGGAUGUUGAUGCUGUAAAUUUAAGGAAGCAUAUUAAUCCUUGGUUGGUCCAAGGGGUGAGCACACGUGUCAUUCAAACCUAUGACCGCAAACGUGGAGGCGAGCAAUUGGAGGAAUCCAAUCACGUUGUAAAGAAGCAGACAGUCUAUCUAUUUGGUGCACCCAUUGGAGAAUCCAAGAGGAGAUCAGGAUAA